AAAAAUUUGCAACAUGGCGAAUGAAAACAACGAAGAGGGUAACACGAAAGAAAUGGCAACUUUAGCUCUUGAUUCGAACAAACAGAAAGAAUUCGAGGAUAGAGUAAAAAGAAUAAGUGCGACGGUAAGAAGGAGAUUGUUUUAUUUUGCAGUUAAGAGAAUGUUGUCGCCUGUUUCUCUAGUUUCUUUCCUUACAACUCUUUGAACUAUUUGCUUGACGAAAAGAUUUCACGUGUCCCGUGCGUUUGCUCAGAAAUAGAUCACAGAAGUACUAAAAAGUGGCAGAUGAUGGGCAGCCAAGUGUGUCACUGAUGUUCUUGCCACAUUUUGAUGUGACCCACGCCACGGCAACACGGAUUCUAUCAGUUUUUUAAGAUGUGCCUCUGUCCUUCCAUAGAUCAUACGAAAGAACCAAUCAAACUGUGUGCAUAAUGUGUUUGUAGAGAAGUUGGAAAAUUUUUGGGAAGUUUCUGCAGUCAGUGGUUUUGAAUUUGACAGGACUGGAGCCAAAUAUUUGGGGUUUUUAUUAAGCUAAAACUAUUCAGUGAACAAUUGCUUGCAUCCUGGUGAAGCUAACCUAAAGCUUUUGUGUGUCAUUAGGAAAUGGCGAAAAAUUUUGGAAUGUGUAUGAUCUAUCUCAAGCCGUUUCCUUUAAAAAAAAACUUAAUUAGUGAUCAUAGCAAUAAUUCUGAAAUAUGAAGAGGGUAGUACAUGGUGACGAGAUGAUAUGAAUUUUAUGUUCAAGUUGCAUGAUUAAUAGCUCACAAAUGAGCCAUUAUUCAUGCCACAAGAACUUAAAAAUCACAUCUUUGAGCUAACUCAUAUUUGUUACAUGGACAAUUAAUGUACAUGGAAGAGAUUGAAAACUUGGCUUUAAUGUAGAUACUUUGUAUCAAACGAAACAAAACACCUGGUGCCCAAAUUACAAAAGGUUUACAUGUAGGACCAUCAGUUACACUGAAAUACAUGUGAACUGGUGUUAAGAGCUUAAUGAAAAUUCAAUUACUAACUCUUAAUUUGAAUCAUAAGAUAAUUUUACAUUCACUCCUACUAAAAACCUUUGAAGGCUGUUUAGCACAAGCAGAAUAAAAACUUACCUUUGACUUGUUACAACUUUUCAGAAAUUCCUUGAAAAUCUUAAGAUCAAACAGGUUUUCUUUUAGUGUUUUUGUUGUCUUGUUGUUAGGAAAAUACAUAUACAUCUUCACUUACCACAAGAAAUCUUAUGACCAUUUAAUAUUCCAAAUAACAACAAACCCCAAGUUCAUUCAGUGAAGUUUGAAAAGGCUGGAAUUGAGAUGUUGUUUCUCAAUAUUGCCACUAGAUUGUGUUCAUAUUGAUUCUAUGAGUGGUCUAGUUCUCACUAAAACACUCAUGUCCACAUAAUAAAAGUAUAAAUUUCAGCACACAUGUAAUGAAGUGAUAACUGAGGUCCAUACUUAAGUUGCAGACCAAGUUUUUUCUGCUUAGAGCAGAAGCAUGUGGACAAUAACACCUAGCAGAAAAAACAAGGUUCUUUAAAGUAUAAUAUGAACUGAGAAAAUGAGGUCAAUGAUGUAUUUGUUAUAUCUUUGGGUUCAAAAAGAAGUGGAAGAUUUCAAUUCAACCAAACUUUUGAAUUUAGUGGGCUUCCCACUGGAAUGUGGCCUUCUAAAUUGACCAAUCAAAGUACUUGUACUAACUUAGCGUUAUGAUAAUUUAUCUUAUUUUAGGCUAACGACUUGACACCUGGUGUUAUCUACCUCGGUCACAUUCCACAUGGCUUCUAUGAAGGUCAAAUACGAAAGUUUUUCUCACAGUUUGGCACAGUGAAUAAAGUCAGAUUAUCAAGAAGUAAGAAGGUGGGAGGCUGAGAUUUCUAAGAAGAAGCCUGCAAACAGAAAUGUUUAUUAUACUGUUUAAAUGUUUAUUAUACUGUUAUUAACCCUUAAACACCUUAGAGCCACUAGCUUCUAAUUUCUCCUUACAAAGUAACCCCCAAAUCACCCAAUAAAUAAAGGAAAUGGUCACCAACUAGAGAACUUUGGAUUGUUGAACAAAUUCUCAUUGUUAGCACUGUAGGAAAUGUAUUGGGAGCAGUUUGGAGAACAUGCAUACUGAUAUUAGGGUGUAAAGAGUUAAAUAGAAUGAUAAUCCAGAGAAAGGUGAUCCUGAAAGCAGUUGUUAUUGGGGACAGUAACAGAUGUUGAAACAAGACAAGGAGAAGUUAUUUAGCAAAUUUAUUAGUUUUUCAAUAGAUUACCAUGCUAUGUCUGCAGGCAGUUGAAAUUCAUUGGUGAAUUAUAAACUAUAGGGUGCUUAACCCAUGAAAACUCUCUGUAGCUGGUAAGCUUGUCUGCUCUCAGAACCAGUUUGCCAAAUAACAUAUUGGAAUUGUAACAGGGAUGAUCCAUGCUAUCAGGUCUGGGAGUUUAAGGGUUAACCCCUAAACCUCUAAGAGUGACUAGCAUUUAAUUUCUACCUAUAAUAUCACAUCUGAAUCAAACAUUAAGCCCAAGAGAAUAAUGGUCACCAACUAAAAAAAGUUCUUGAUUGUUGAAUACAUUCUCCCUGCCAGCACCUUAGGGAAUUUAUAGAGAACAGUAUGGAGAGUAUGCAUACUCAUCUUAGGGUGAAAAUCAAAGUUACAAAUUUUGACAAGCCAAUAUUUUAGCAUUAGCCCAUUACUGAAGCACAAAGGACUCAAAGAUAAGAUAAGGUUGUGCUCUAAGAAAAAUUGAAGGGAGCCCAGAGCUCUGAAACUAUAAAUCAAGGGUGCCCAGCAUAUGCUUUUAUGGAAAAACUAAAAUUCCUAAGUUGCCCAUGAGCAAAAGUUAGGUACUAGGGGCCACUGGGUGCUGCUAGACCACAGCCAUGAUGAGAUUAAAGAAUUUAUUUGUUCCCUUGCUUUAUUAAUUUUGUUUUGUUUUAUUUUUUUGUCACUAUAUAGACUGCAAGGUCAAAAGGAUAUGCCUUUGUAGAGUUUUCCUGUGACGAAGUGGCCAAGAUUGCAGCUGAAACUAUGGACAACUACAUGAUGUUUGGGAGAUUACUAAAAUGUAAGUACCGUUGGGUAAUGUGUCACUAAAAAAGAAACCACAUUGAUUUGAAGCAAAGAUUUAUCAAAUUAUUAUCACACAAUCAAAUAAUGGGAUUAAGUUUCUAAAGAUACUUUAGUGCUAUGUUGGUGGGAAGUAUUAAAAGAUGAUUUGAUUUUUUCAACUGAGUGGAUAAUGUAAAUUGGCCACCAUAAGUAGUUGCUACGUUAUGAGACAAAGUAUCAUUAUUUGUUAUUGGUGAACAGCUCAAAGCUGAAGGCUGUGGUAAAAAUAUGAUCUGCACCACACUGAAUUGGUGUUUUGUGAUGACUGCAUUUAAUAAUUGUUUUAUAAUUUGAUUGUCAAGUUUAUUUACCAUAGUUAUUUUCAGGUAUCUGUUGAUACAACUAAGUAUUUCUUGAGUAGCAUACAGUUUGCAGGGAAAAGGUAGUAAGAAGUUAUUAAACAUGAGCUUACUAUUAUUUGUCAGCAGUAACUGGCACAUCAUGUUACACACAUUGGCCCAAUGGCCAGUGUGCAGGACUCCAUGACCAAGAGGUCCAGCAGGGGCUUAGCCAAAUUUUUCAAAAGGGAUGGGGGGAAGAGGGGAGAGGGUGUUGCACUGCAACAAACAGAGGGUACUCACCAGUUUUUACCCCCUGAAUAUUGCAUACUUGCUUGAAAAAAAAGGGGGGGGUCUAAGCCGGCAGCUGCCAGAGUUCCAACUGCUACUUGAUAACAUGUUGCUAGUUACUCUGAUUAAAAUAGUUACCUAAAGGCCCUUAACCCCCCUAACUCCCAGAAGUGAUUAACAAGUAACUUCCCCCUACAAUAUCGAUGCAGUAUCCAGCAAACAAGUAAUGAGAAUACUCAAAUGUGUCAGGUAGAAGUUGUUUUCUUGAUCUAACACCAAAUUCUUGUAACUAAUUUACAAGAAAAUAUGUAGCAGCUAGAGGGGAGAAUUAACAAUCAGAUCAUGGGAGUUAAAGGGUUGAUGAAUUUUUCACAGUCACAUACUAUUGUAGAGUCUGAUGCCUACUUCAAAACAUUUUCAAAUCCCUGCAGAGGAGUUCAUUGUAUCUCGGUUGGUAGAUUAUUCAACUUUCCAAGAGCAACUGAACAGCAUCCAAAUCUUAAUUGGAGGUUAGAUUUUCCUUUUCCUGUUACCCAAAACAAAAGAUCAACCUUUUUCCUUUGCUUGCUUUUGUGUUUACAGGCAAAGUAGUUUCAAAGGAAAAGGUUCAUCCAAGGCUGUGGAAAGGAUCAGAGAGGAAGUUUUAUUCUAUACCGCGGCAGCAAGAAGAAAUAACAAAGCACAAUAAGGUGUGCAGUAGCUUAAGUGAAGAAGCAAACAGGACAAUUAUUUUCUUCUAAAGAAGCUGCAGUUGUAAAUGACUCAUGAUGAACACAUGCAUGUCUUGAAAAUACCUGUUUGCUCCUUGGUUAUAAGAUGGUGAAUGUGUAUGGUGAUGAUGUGUAAUGGUUAUAAGAAAUGAUUUUUUUCUGAAGUAUUUCAGCUGGCCUGAAUCUAAAAUCCUUGAUUUAUGCAGUUAUGUGUGUAACUGGCCCACAGCGCACUUUUUGUACUGUGUAUCAAGCACUUGUGGUAGUGUGUGGGAAUUGAAGAUCCUUUCUAAUCAAUCAGGUGGUAGUGCUUGAUGAGGAACUAAUAAUGUUUUACCCUAAAAUUUUUCAUAAUAUGUAUCAAAUACUUGAAGUAGUGUGUAGGAAUUGAAGAUCCUUACAAAUUUUAUUAGCUGGUAUUUGACAAGGUACUAAAAUUUUCAUCUCAUCAAUAUACUUAUUUUCUCUACCAAACAGGUGAUGGUCUUAUGUAAGAUGUCUUUUUGAUUUGCAUUUACAGGAAAAAAGUAAAAAGGAACAUGAAAAGCAAGUGGAAAACAUUCUCAAAAAAGAAAAAAGGAAGAGGAAGAAGAUCAAGGAUCUUGGUAUUGACUAUGACUUUCCUGGAUAUGUAAGUAUGCAAGUUUAAUUACUAACUAGAGAAAUAAUUAAUCACGCGUCAAAAGUGCUGCUAAUGUUAACAAGAUGGUAUUGAUUGAUUUCACCUUCCAUUGUGGUUGGCAUUGAAAUUAAACAGUUUAUUAGCAAUAACGGAUUAAAAGGAAAAAACUAACAGUGAAAUAAUUUCAUUCAAUCCUCAAACUUCCCAUUUGUGGCAUGGCAAAAAUCUAAUCAGUGGGGGGGAGGGGGGGGGAGAAACUGAAUUGAUACAGUCAAACCUUGAUUAUUCGGACUUGUUGGGACUAGAUGAAAUAGUUCGGAUAAUCGAGUGUCUGGAUAAUCAAGAAUAUGAAUAUUAAUGAGGAACAAAAACUGAUUAAAAUUAAAAAAUAACAUUUAAGCGUAACAAAACAUUUACAAAUCAAGGACAUAAUGAUCUUGAAUAACCAUUUGAGAUGCUGUGUAGAGUGUGAAACCUCACACAGCAACAAAGCAACUCUAAGCCAAUCAGACCUCAUUCUAAUGUUCUUCGUUAGUUACAACGCAUUACAAGGCACUGCUUUUGCUUUUUGAAAGCAAAACAAACCCAACUUUACUUCACUUUUCAACGCUCUAGUUUUAAAGAAUAUGGCUAUGCGUCUUGAUCAUGACUAAUAAAUAUUCAGGACAAAACUGGGAUCAGAGAAAAAGUCCGGAUAAUUGAGAAAUCCGCAUAAUCAAGGUCUGGAUAAUCGAGGUUCAACUGUACCAAUCAAUUUUGAACAGUUGUAGAAAACUUUUGCUUCCUUGUCAACCAAUUAGAUACAAAACAAAAGACAGUCCAGACUUCACAGUUUGAACCCAGGAGAAAUCAUUUAGACUGAUUGUCUAGGGGGCUGUGAGAGAAUUUCUGAAUUUCUUGUUUAUGGCGCUUUUGCCUGAUGUUUCAACAACCUUAGCAGAACUCUAACUUUUAUACAUGAACCUCAGAACCCUGAUUCUGAUGAUAAUUUCAGCACAGGUUUUCAAAAUAUUUAUCUUUGUUCUGGUUGCCUAUUGGGGAUGUGAUUUCGUUGGCUUUGAUUUUAAGAUACUCAUGCAGAGAAGACUGGUAGACAAAUACCUUCCCAGCAAUAGGAGUUGAACAAUCUCACAGCAGUUGCAAUGAAGUGCUUUCACAGCUGUGCAAUUCUCUCGCCAAACCUGUUACUCAUGCCAAUAUUAAAGACAUUGCGACUCGAAGUACUAGGGUAAAUAAUGUUGUUUUUUUUGUUUUUGUUUUCCUCAAAGGCUUCAGAAGUAAAGACAAAACUACCAAAACAUACGAAAUUCAGUGACAAGUAA